AAUGCCUUAUCAAAACAUUUGUUUGUAAAAAUUUCAUCCAAAUAUUGCUGACGUUACUUUUCAACCAUCACAAAAAAUCAUCAAAUCCAUUAAUUUCACAUCUAAUUUCCCGUUUCAAGAUGUUUUGGACGAUAUUUGGCGCUAUUACGGGCUUGAAACUCCUCUUAAUGCCGGCUUACUUCUCAACCGACUUUGAAGUUCACCGAAAUUGGCUCGCACUGACACAUUCCCUACCUCUGAGCAAAUGGUAUUACGAAGCAACCAGCAUUUGGACCCUUGACUAUCCCCCGCUCUUCGCAUAUUUCGAAUGGAUGCUCUCGCAAAUCGCAUUUUUCUUCGACCCGGCGAUGCUUGACGUGGAAAAUUUGGAUUACGCUUCGCCGAUGACUGUAAUUUUCCAAAGAUUGAGUGUAAUUGUCACGGAUGUCGUUUACGCGCUCGGCGUGAAAGCCUGUUUGGAUGCCAUGAACUUGGAAAAAUCGAAAAAACUCAUCGGAGCGGGACUUUUAUUGGGAAAUAUCGGCUUGUUGAUGGUCGAUCACGUGCAUUUUCAGUACAAUGGACUCUUAUUUGGGAUUAUGUUGCUGAGUAUCGCGCGAAUUUUGCAGGAAAAAUAUUUGCAAGCUGCUUUUUACUUCGCUUAUUUGCUCCAUAUGAAGCAUAUUUACAUUUAUAUCGCUCCGGUAUACGGAAUUUACCUUUUUAAGGUCUAUUGUCUCGGAAAAAGAGGAAAUUUCUUCCUAAAUUUGACGAAAUUGGGCCUUGUAGUUGUUUCGGUGACGGCAAUCUCGUUGGGACCUUUCGUAAAUCACAUUCCGCAACUCGUGGCGCGACUUUUUCCGUUUAAACGAGGCUUGUCGCACGCUUAUUGGGCUCCCAACUUCUGGGCUGUGUACAAUUUCAUCGAUAAAUUCGCCGCAAUUCUCAUGAAAAGGAAAGGAGAUGUCGCCGCAGGCACCGGAGGACUCGUUAAAACGUACGAACAUCAAAUUUUGCCACAAAUUUCGCCUUUAAUGACUUUUUUGAUCACAUUUCUCGCCAUGUUGCCGAUCAUUGUGAAAUUAUUUUUCGUUAAAAACGCCUCGCCUCGAAUUUUCAUCAAAGCAGUGACCUUGUGUGCUUGCACUUCGUUCCUUUUCGGAUGGCAUGUGCACGAAAAAGCGAUUUUAUUGGUGCUGAUUCCGCUUUCGUUGCUUUCCGUUGUCGAGAAAUUCGAUGCACGGAUGAGUUUGUUCCUUGGGACUGUCGGAUAUUAUUCGCUUUUUCCACUUUUGUUCAAGACGAAUUUAAUUUUCAUCAAAAUUGGGUUGUUUGGAGCUUAUACGGCGCUUACGGUGAUUGCUUUUCAAGGGAUUUUUAAUAAAAAAUGUCUUUUGAGGCAUCAUGAGGUGCUGUACCUGAUGGGACUUUUGGGAUUGUUCGUUUAUGAAAAUUUCUUCCAUUAUUUGUUGAAAUUUAAUUUAGUUUUUCCGUUUUUGCCGUUGAUGUUGACGAGCGUUUAUUGCGCGGUAGGAGUGCUGUACUUUUGGCUGAUUUAUUACGUGGAUUUUUUGAGGUUGAGUAGUUCUGAAAUUAAAGUUAAGACGAAAUAAAGUUAAUUUUAUAAAUAUAAAAAA